AUGACAAUGAAAAUGGAGGUGGUGGUGAUGGUAAUGGUGAAGUUACACAGCUCGCCAGCAGUGCUCGUCCUUCUGCUUUGUCUUCAUCCUGCACUCCAACUCGCAAAUGGCGCACCCUAUUAUGGCAAAAGCUUUAAGAGUUCCAGCCAAACCGAGCUCUCGGCGGCGCCGUACCCAACGGCACCCAACGAAGUUCUGCCCAUACAGCCACUGCUCAUUUAUCCAGAGCCCCGUGAUGUGCUCUUUCAGGCCCGCACCCUCGACGAUGACGAGGAGCAGGAUGUGAUUUAUGUAAAGCUGCUGCAACGCAAGAGCGGUGGCUAUCGACCCAAUCAGCAGAGACUCGAACAGGCGCCACACAUCAAGGAGCUGAGUCUUAAGGACAUUUUCUAUGUGAAGGCCCUGGCCAAUGGCCAGUUCAGUCACGAACGUUUGAAGGUCUAUCGGCUUCCCGAGUUUUAUGCCAUCAGUGUAUUUCGCAAUGCGGAAAAGUGA